GAGUUUGGGAACCGCUCGGGAUCGAAAUUCAUCUAUGACGUCAACAAAAUGGAGUUUACAUAUUUUCGAAAGAAAUUCGGAUAGAAUUUUUUAUUUCUAGUUGGUUUAUCAAAAUUGAAUGAUAUGGAAACAUAUAUCAGUAUAUCAAAGUUGCAUUUUAGCUAGUAGCUGUGAAAAAUGGCAGAGAUGCCGUAAUAUCAUGGCAGUGUGAAAUUGUGCAAGGAUUGAAAGCGUCUAUAACAACCCAUGUAGCAUGCCGAAUUUACUCGAAGUAACAUUAGACAUGAUGAUCUUCACCGCACAGAAAUGACAUCAGAUGCUGAUGGACUUUUCAGCAGUGCUACUGCACUUUUGUCGGCCAAAUCCUCCUCAGAGGAGCAGCUCAUGUUGAAAUCCAUUCACAAGCAUCUCUCCAACCUGGAUGACUCUGGAAAGGGGUUCCAAAAGGGGGAUGGAAAUCAUCAUGUGUAUGAAGAAAUAUGUGCCCCACACACUGAGACUCAGCUAGUGGCCCUGAUUUCCAAUGACAAUGUUUUAAAUAAGUUGACCUGUUAUGUCUUUGAUAGAAGAUAUGGGUGGUCAGAGGCAGGAAGAGAUGGUAGGAGACGAGUUCGAAAGAUGUCCAGCACUGGAACAACACUUGAAGCCAGUGAUGGGCAUGUAAAAGCCAUGUUGAAUGAUCUUUUGGACAAUAUUAUUAAAUGGUACAUACAGCAGCCACUUUCUGUUCAGUUAAUACAUGCAUUUGAAUACACAAUGAAACAAGUCUCAGAUGUCCAUGUUGUCCGAAACAGAACUAUUAUCCACUUUAUGGAAUGGUUGAGGGAAAAUAAAGAGGAGCUUUUGGAUUUUGAACACAUCCAUUUGAUACAGAGGCUAAUCAUAUCUGCAGUAACAGACGUGUGGUCUGCUAUACGAAAUUCUUGUGCCAAAAAUUUGGGACCAAUAGUUUCUUAUCUUCCUCUAGCUGACCAAGAGAAAAUUUUCCAAGAGCUUGUAAAGCUCUGUGUCUCUGAGAAUUCCCCAUGGCAAGCUGUAGAGGGUGCAGUAAUGGGAAUCAAUUCCAUUGUCCAACAAUACACAGAGAAAGCAGAUUCUAGAUCCAACACCCCACAGUUUUGUCUCCACAGCCAGUCACUGGAUAUCCCACCUGUGCCAAAUUUUAUAUCUGAGGAGAUUCAUGCUGUUGUCUUUGAAUUAUUGUAUCAUUCCCAGCUUACCAUACGAGAACAUGCAGCUAAAGCAUUGUCCACUUAUAUAUCCUGUAGUGACAUCAAGGAGGCUUUUUCAACAUUUGAGCAAGUUAUUCAGCAACUUCUGAAAGGAAUACUUGGACCCGAGAACAUUUUCAGCUCGGUGCAAACAACUAAUCUGCCAAUCAAGUUCCUGGAUGCCUAUGCAGCUGAAGGCUUGUUGAAUGUCUGUUUGUCCAUUAUCAAGGUGUUGCCCCUACAAAUGAUGUUGUCAAAUUGGCCAACCUACACCAACUCAUUUUUACUGUAUCUGUCUCACCCUGCCUCUACAGUUAGACAAGCUGCCAGCUCCAUUUUUAAAUACCUGGUGUCUAAAUGCAGCCACUGUGCUAUUCUGGUCAGUCUCCUUUUGCAAUCUCUAGUCCAAGGGUGGAUCCCUAGCAUGGACAUUUUACAGAGGGAGGAAAAAACAACAGACCCAGGCUGUUCUAGUCAUAUCAGAGCAUCUGUAAACAGUGAGAAGGGAUUCUUGCUUGAUGCUUGGGAAAGCAGGGAAGGGAGAUUACUGGCAUAUGAACUUAUUAUGAAGUUCUUCAUCAAGAAUCACUGGCUGUACACAUUUGGUCCUGCAGCUUCUUCACAGCUCAGGAGACAGAACACAGAAAGUGAACAACUCUCAGAUGAUGAAGAUAACAUUCCAGAGGAGAUGAGUAAAGAAAGAACUCACAGUAUAUCUUGUGCCGAUGAGCUUGAGAAAAUGAAUAAUGUAUUCCAUGAGUCUACCUCGGAGCAAUCCUUACCACAGAUGAAAAGAAUGUUCUACAGAAAGGUGCAAUUCAAAAGUGAAGGAGGACUAAGGGUUAUAGGAUACGAGAAAAUGAAUGGAGAACUUGGAGGAGGAAAAAUCUCACGAUACAUACCUCUGUCUGUUUUAAGUCAGUUACAGAACAUAGACCAUACAGUCAACAAUAAGCAUCAACAUGUUAGCCAGCAGUUCAGGAAUAUGACUUUUUACCAAAAACUUGCAGACAACCUUGGUAACAAGACCACCAUUGAGGAGGAUUGGAUGGCCAGUGUACAGUUAACUCCCUUAAAGCAGACCCUGACCAGAAUCCUUCUACAAACUAUAGAGAGCUUGGCUGAUUCACAGUGGGAACUCAGGAGAAUAACAAAACAGGUGUUGCCUUGCUUGGCUGAGGUGAUUCGGUGGUAUGACAUAAACAUACUUGAGGAAAUCUGGCAGACUCAUCUGUCUCCCAGACCCAGUCUGCUGACCUAUGCUGCGGUUAUGCUUCUACAGGAAUCCAUCCUCCACUGUACUCGCCUCAAUCCACUGAUACAGAGACCACCAGCCACUUGGCAGCAUGAGGAUUCCUGUAAACAGAUUGUCCAAAAGAUAGUGUCCAUUGUUACUGAUCAGAUACCCUCUUGUCUGCCUAGCCUGGACAAACUUGUACAACGAUCACGAUACGACAGACUGUCUGUCAUGACCUGCACGACUAUCAUUCUGGCUCAUGCUCAGUUUGAUAUUCCAUCCAACCAGAGAGUCAGCCAGAUUGCUUCGGUGCUGUCGUACUGGAAGCUGUUGUUCGGGUUUACCCAUCCAAACACAAGGAUUACAAAGGAACUCCUACAGCAGGGCAUGGAUAUAAGGCUCUUCUCCUCUCCUUUUGAAGGAUACUUAAGUUGUUGUCUGGUCAAACCAGAAAACAAGUUUCAAUGUGCCAAACAGGUUGAGAAAGUGUUUAUCAGCGAGUCACAUCGAGCUUUACAAAGUUUCCUUCAGAAGUUACCGGUGGAGAGCAUAUCUUCUCUGAUGCCCAUUAUUGCCCACUGUGCAGGACUCUUCAUAGAAGAGAGUUCAAUCUGCAAAAACAUGAGAGAGUGUUUACAGAGUGUGGGGGUAAGAGUGGUGGAGUAUGUAACACAGGCCAGGGAGGACAAACAAAACUGUUUAAUGUGUCUCCAUCUCACUCUGAAAGAACUGGCAGCCAUUAUCACCAUGAAGAGUGCUGAGGUACAUCUACUGCAGAAGAUCUUGAACAUCUAUCUGAUUCUGUGUAAACCUUUGAAUCCUGUCAAGCAUCUGCGGUCCAUUAUUUUGGCCCUUUGUUCCCGAGUCAGUGAGGGUAUACACUUCAGUGUAGAUCAUUCUCCACGACCAAACGAUGACCUCUGCAUACUGUCCAAUGACAUUCCAUUGACCAGUACUAAUAGUUCAGAAUCUCUCAGUGAUCUAGAUGUGGAAGACACUGUCAUUAUAGGAAGUCCAGGACAUUUCCCAGAAUCCCUCACAUUAAAUUUGAGCAACAGUAGCCUUCCUUCAGGCCGUAUAAGCUCUUUGAGCCAAAGCAGUGAGAGAAGUGGCACCAAGUCUCCAACUGACAAAGAUUCUGAGAGCUCUGACUGGGAUAGCUGGGACGACGAUGAUAAUGAGGAGCAGUCAGCAUUGACACAAGCAUUUGGAGAGUUCCUGAAGAAGUUACAGAAAGUCUGUGAUGCAGGUUCUCAUGGUGUAUUUGAAGCAGAAAUAAAAAAGUUGGAUACAAGAGAAAGAUCACUCAUUAGAGAAAUUAUGUCUAAUUAAUAAAGUUAUGCACAAGUUGUUAGAAAUAACCAUUAUUGUCUAUUUAUUUCAUAAUUAAUGUUACUUGUUAUUAUUUGCUAAUCUAAUUGUAUUAGAAUUGUUGUUAGUGAUAAUCUCUUCAAAUCACAAAAGUAGAUUGUAUUUCAAGGCGUGUACAUAAGAUUAGUAAAUACAAAAUGUUAAGCAUUAAUAUAACUUCAUAUGGUGACUAAAAUGAAAAUAUCUGUUAUCAGAUUUUAAUGUGUUUUUUUAUGUCAAUUUGAUAUUGACAAUAAUAUAUCUAACCGAUAUUUAUUUUUAGAGGAUAUUGUAUAUUUUCAUAAUUGUUUAUUGUUUCAUAUUAUUUAUGGUUGGCAUGGUUUUUGGUACAUGUGUAUUUCUGGUCUGCACAAAUUGAUUGUUUUAUGCAUGUGAAAAAUCUGUAGUUUAGGUUUCCAUGUUUAAAAAUGUCACAUUUAGUUUAGUUUAGAUUCUACCUCAUUUAAGUUCUGUCUGCAGUGAUGGUAUAGUACAUUGUAAUUGAAACAAUAGCUGUUUUACAAACUCAUAAUUUAUACAGUUUUACUAAACCUGUGAUAAGAAUUUCAAGUGUUUUGUUUCUAUUUAAGGCUGUAGUUAUAGGCAUUAUAUAAAAAUUUAACAUCAACACCACCCUCCCACAUUUUUCUCGUUUGGUGAUAAAUAAUUUAAUUUAGAAAUAGUUUAAAUACAAAUUUUAUAAAUUUGAUUUAAUUCAAUAAAAUUCCAUAUAAUAUUGAGCAAUACAAGAGUUUUCAUAUUAGGAUGGUGGUGCUUGAGAAUCAGAUAAAAGUAUUUUCCCUAAUUUAACUGGUUGAGAUUUUGAGCAAGUCUUUAUGAGGACAGUGAAACCGAUAUAUUAAAUUUAAAACUUGUUUUCCAUACGUUUUUUUUUUAUUUAUUGUCUGUAAACCCCUUUACCAUGAAAAAAUUUAAUUAUAAUAAUUAACAGCAGAAUAGAGGUUAAGCUACAUAUAAGCAAUGUGGUCCACGGGCCUCUGUAUUUAUACUAAAAGACAUGCUUGAUGAUAUCUGAAUUAUUGUAUGUGUACUUAUUUUAGGGUAUUUAGAAUUUGGCGUAGUUGGAGCUGAUGCACUAUUUGGUGUAAUCAUGAUUAAGCACUUCUCUAUAUGACGAUGAAUAAAGAGGUUUUCAUACUUUAGCACAACCAUAAAUUAGCAGGCUUGCUUCAUUGCCAAAAUGCUUAGACAUUAAUCCAGUUCAAAUAAGUACACAUACACUAUGUUUAUUGUAUCAAUGUGAUAUUAUAACACAGUGCUGGUUGUUUAUUUACUUGCCAAUAGUUUUACUAAAGAUUACAGCAUUUCCAAGGUAUAAAGAUGAUAUUUCAAGGUUUUACUCUUGUGUAGGUGGUUAAUUUAUAGGGGUAUAAAAGGAAUGGCAGCAUGGGAUAAGUGACAAUAUAGGCCAAUUAUACAGACAUUACCCCCACGCUUCCAUUCUUUUCAAAUCCCAAACAAUCUAGACAUUUGUUCUUGAUACCGGUAUGCAUGUUGUGUAAGUUAAUUGUUUAUGUCAAAUACAAAGAUCUGUGGGUUUUUUCAAUCAAUAUGUUAUAUUGAAACAAUACAGGAUCAUCACUAGAUAAACCUGUAGUAUGUGUAAAUAUUAGCAGCUCAUCCCUAUUCUGUCUCGUUACUUAUCUAAAGUGGCUCAUCACACCAAAAUUUAAUUUUUAAUAGCUCGUUAAAGCACCUCCUUUGAAGUAUGAUUUCAUCAUCGAAAGAUUGAUUGAUGCUCUCAAUUUACUUAAUAAGAAUUUUUAGUGGGUUUUUUUUCCUGGUGUGAUAAAAAGGGUGUUUUGUUUGCAAAUAAGAGAUUUUGUUGGAAUUUGAUAUGCAUAUCUGAUAAAACAUACCUAAAAGACUUAGAUAGAAGCUGUAAUUUUUUAAUAAAAAAAAAAGAUAUGUAUGAAAAUUGUAACGUUUAUUUAUUUUUUUUUCAAAUCUACGGCUAAAAUUUUCAAUGUCAUGAGCCACCUUAAAUAUGAUUAUUUCAAUAUUUGAAUGUCAUAUGGCAUUCACUGAAAUUUAUUGAUGGUAAAAAGAAAGUAAAAAAAAAACUGGUAUCUUCUUUUGAAACAUUCUGAUGAGCAAACUUGUUACAAUAUCACAGGAAAAUAAUCGUUAGAAGGCUAGCAGAUGUACUACUUUUAUUUUAUUCCGUCCAAUAUUUUCUAUGCUGGAUAUGAAAAUUGUUAUUGUUUACUUAUUAAAUUGUAUUUUUCUUGUAUUAUCAGUAAUUUAAACAUUGUCAUUUUCUAUUAAUGAUUAAAUCUUUCUUGUGAAA